AUAUAUACAGAUUGCCAGUCACUGUUUCACAGCACCUGAGUCUUCUUUUUUUUAAUGCAUUGAAACUUGUUUCAAGUCCCUGUGCAAUGUGCACUGUCCAAAAAUAGAUUGCUGGGUCCUCUCACAAGUGUGAUCCGAAACCGCUCAGGAAACUUCGGAAUUAAUCAUGCAUUUCUCUUGCUUAUUUAACAUUUAUGUCAAAACGUUGGGCAAGAAGUUGCUGAAUUGGUGAACAUACUGCAUUCUGGCUAACACUUCCCCACACUUUUUUUCUGGGUUGAUCCAAUUUUAAGUAGUAUAAACAGUGUUUAUACGAUGGGAAGCGAAAUAAAUGGACUCAGAAGCACCACAUCAGCAGGGUCUCCGUUACCGGCAACCAGCUCUGCUGGAGAUUUAGCUUCAUAUUCUUCACUGUCAUUGAGCAGCAGGUCUGGAAGAAGCCCACUUGUUACCUCCCAGAAUCUGGUAAAGGCCUCAAGCAAAAUCCAUGGAGAAGAACAAGACGCUCUCAAGAGGGACCAGGUCCAACAAGACAAGAUCUGGAGAGAGGUUGUGGAGGCUGAGAGGAAGGCCACCAAAUAUUGGUAUCAGAACUGGAGUUUCCUAAAGGACUAUGAUCCCCAGGGCAAGAAAAAAGUAUCUGUCCAACUCCCUGAAUAUAUACCAAUAUUUUCAGACAAAAUUCCCAAUACUACCAAUCGUGUAAUUGGGAGCAGAAUGAACACUGAUCUUGGUAAAACGUUGAUAAAAAUGGACUAUGUCCUCAAUUAUGGAAGAAGAAAAACAAAAACUGAGCAAGAACUCCAGCCUUCCUAGAAUCAAAUAGAAAUCUUGCCGUUAAAAAAGUGCUUAGAUUUUUUGAAGAUUAUACUUUUUGAAAUAGGAUUAAUGUCAAAAACGUUGUGCACCUACCCUUCCAGACUUAAUUCUUCUGCAGACUAGUCAGCAAUGAUGUUUAGCAAAUUAAAGUUGAUAGCAAAGUUUGCUAAUAUUAUCCUUGAGAACGGUCACAUGUAAACACCAGUCUUUACGGUUUCCAACAUUUAGAAAACAGUGGUGCUGCAUCGCAUUCUUGAAAGCAUAAACUGUAUGAGGCUGUGUUGAGGUCUACUUUUUUCACUCAGUAGGAAAACUGUAUUUCUUCCACCAAAUUAAGCCUGAAAUUUCAUUGCAGAUGAGAGCGCUGGCCUGUUAUACAUUGCAAGACUCGGCUGGGGCAUCAAAAUAUAUGUAAGUGCCAUAGUGGCACAGUGCUU